UCUCUAUUUCUUCGAAGUUUCACUGAAAAGAAAAGACUGUUAGAAGAAAGGAACAAAAAGGUGAGAGGAAAAUUGAAAGAGAAGGUGUGUGUGACUUGUGAGGAUGGGUUCGAGUAGCAGUCGUUUGGGCGCGCGACCUUCUCGUGGGCGAGUCAACCGCACGAAUCGCAGAUUAUCCUCAUUCUUCUGCGGUGGUUCCACUUCUCACGCUCCGGUUGAGAUGGAAGAUUAUCCGGCUGAUGUAGUGGUGAAUUCUUCAGAAGAUCAUGAUCCAGUUAUUCCUGAUGAGCUCCAAAGCUCAACGAAGGAACCCUCUUCACGUUUCAAUUCAGGAACUGAAACUGGUGCAUCAUCCGAAAGCAGUAAUUGGACCAUUGAGGAGAGAUCAGUAAAAUAUUGUUCAGGAAGCGUUGCUACAAGGAAUGAUGGCAAAUUCUUGUCUGAGAGUAAGGAAUUAGUUCCUGAUCAGAUAACUGCUGAAUUUGUUCCUGAAGAAAGAACUAGUGACGAGGCUAGUACCUCCUUUAAAGAACAGCAAUCACUAGAUUUAGGCUCUGAGAAUGUAAGUGAUUGCUUGAAUGUUGUCGAGGGUGGGUGCCAGAUAUUGGAGGAAGGGAUGUGUUCAAGCUGUGUAUCUCAUCAGGAACUUGGUGACUCAUGUGCAAACGCAGCACCUUCUGCUGGAAAUCAUGUAGAUGCUAGUAUGGAUGUCCUCGGUCUUGUUACAGAUUCCAUUUCUAGUGCUUUUGAGCCACAAGUAACUUCACAAUCACUAGAAGGAGAAUCUGCUCCAGAGAGAGUACCUCCAGCCCCUGGAUUAGUUGAGCCAGAUAGGGAAAGAGACAGAAGAAAUGGAAAUGUACUUCAUGUUGAUGUGGUGAGUAUUUCUUCCAGCAUCUUAGGUAGUAGUACUGCGGAAGUAAGUAGCCGUGAAGCAAGAAGGAACAGUAGAAGACUGUUUUGGGAUGCUUUUUCGAGACGCAGUUCUAGAAGGCAUAUUGAUUCUCCAACCAUAGUUUUCUCAACUGAGGAUGCUGAUGAUCUGGGAAUGCAUGACAGAUGGCUCCUUGAUUUCGGUGGCGAUCUCUUUGAGGAUGGCUUUGAUGGUGAUUCAGGAUACCUUGGCAGUAGAAGUCAUGGCAUGAAUGAACGGCGAUGGAGUUCGAGAUCAGAGAUCUGGGAAAGACUUCAUGGUGGACCUGAUGAGAGUGGCCGACGAACUAGUUUUUGUGCAUCUGGGCUUCACCCUGAUGGUACCUGCUCAUGUGAGAGUUUCUCGAUGACAGAAGAGUCUGGUACUCAUGCAAGUAUUUCACGAAUAGUUAUGCUUGCUGAGGCAUUAUUUGAGGUCUUGGAUGAAAUCCAUCGCCAACCUAUGUCACUUUCACUAUCAAUGGUCUCUGUCCCAGCUCCAGAAUCUGUUGUUAACUCAUUUCCUAUCAAGAUUCACAAAAACACAGCUGAGUGUGGACAUGAUAUGGAACAGUGUUACAUUUGCCUUUCUGAGUACGAAGAGGGGGAUAAAAUAAGAGUCCUCCCCUGCCGCCAUGAAUAUCAUAUGGCAUGUGUUGAUAAAUGGCUUAAAGAGAUACAUGGGGUUUGCCCUCUCUGCCGUGGAAAUGUUUGCGAGGGAGUUGCUCAGAGCACUGUCUCAAACUGAUAAUUUUCCAUCUUCUUUGAGAAGAAAACUUGUGUAUAUAAAAUGCAAGUAGGGUAGAUUAGCUUGCUCUUCAGAUGUUGAAUAUUCAUUUCUUUCCUGAUAUAAUAUGUGUACCCUGUAUGUUUUCUCUC